ACCGGGGCGGAAGUGGCGCCCUGGCCUCGGUAGCGAUGGCGCGGGCGGGCGCGGCCGGCACCGCCUCCCCGGCUGGGCGGUGCGGGCAGGAGGCGCCGCCGCGCUCGGGUGUCCCGGGGCCGGGCUGGGCUGUGCCGGGCGGGGCGGUGCCGUGCCGGCGGCGCGGGGCUGGCGGGAGCGGCUGUCCGGCGCGGUGGGUGCCCCGGCGCGGGGUGAGCAUGGUGCCCUAGCGCUGGGGCUAUGUCGGAGGCGGCCCGCAGCCUCCUGCAGCGCUGGGGCGCCAGCUUCAGGAAGGGCACCGACUUCGACUCCUGGGGGCAGCUGGUGGAGGCGAUCGACGAGUACCAGAUAUUAGCAAGGCACCUCCAGAAAGAGGCGCAGUCUCAGCACAACAACUCGGAAUUCACAGAAGAUCAAAAGAAAACCAUAGCUAAAAUUGCAACAUGCUUGGAACUGAGGAGUGCAGCUUUACAGUCCACCCAGUCGCAGGAUGAGUUUAAACUUGAGGAUCUGAAGAAGUUGGAACCAAUCUUAAAGAAUAUCCUUACUUACAAUAAGGAGUUCCCCUUUGAUGUUCAGCCUGUCCCACUCAGGAAGAUUUUAGCACCUGGAGAAGAGGAACAUUUAGAAUUUGAGGAGGAUGAUGAGGAAGGAGGAGCUGGAGCAGGGUCUCCAGACUCUUUUCCUGCUAGAGUUCCAGGAGCCAACAAAGGUACUUUAUUGCCCAGAUUGCCAUCUGAACCCGGGAUGACGUUACUCACCAUCAACAUAGAGAAAAUUGGUCUGAAAGAUGCUGGGCAGUGCAUUGAUCCUUACAUCACAGUCAGUGUAAAGGAUUUGAAUGGGAUAGAUCUGACUCCUGUGCAAGACACUCCUGUGGCUUUGAGGAAGGAGGACACGUAUGUCCAUUUUAAUGUGGACAUUGAGAUUCAGAAACACAUUGAAAGAUUAACAAAAGGUGCAGCUAUUUUCUUUGAAUUCAAGCACUACAAGCCUAAGAAAAGGUUUACUAGCACCAAGUGCUUUGCUUUCAUGGAGAUGGAUGAAAUUAAACCUGGGGCAAUUGUUAUAGAACUGUACAAAAAACCCACUGACUUUAAAAGGAAGAAAUUGCAACUGUUGACCAAGAAACCACUUUACCUUCACCUCCAUCAAACAUUGCACAAGGAAUGACCCCAGUUGUGAGACCUCUGUGAACUGAACCACAAGUCCUGGUAGCUGUGUAGUAGCCUUAGGCUCCGAAGGGCAGGAAGACAACUCUGUUCAUGCCAGUAGGUCACUCGAGACCAUCACCCACUGCACAGCACUACUUCAGGGGCAGGGACAAGCCCACCAUGCAAGUGCAAGAUUUUUUUCAGUAACUUCCAGCUACAGGUUUUUCCAAGAGCCCUGAUGUAGGUUGACUGCUUUUCCUAAGUUUGCUGUUUAUCACUUUUUAUCUUUAACCAUUCUUCUCCUUUUGCCUCAAGCUCCCCCUGAGGAUGGAGAGUGCCCCUUUGCCAAACCUGCAGCAAUAAAGAUGUGGCAGGCCUACUAACUGUUUACACUGCUGUGCUAUUGUAGUUCCUCUCAUCUGCAUUUCACAGUCCUCUGGAGUGAGCAGGGUGACAGAAGACUGGGAAAAGGAUGAGGUGGGCUGGGAAGGAGCUUGAGGUACUGCAAGUGCUUUGAAGUGAGGGAGCAGAGGAUGCGGGUCAGGUGGGUGGCCACAAGUCCCUGUGGUCAGGUCAGGAGGAGGACAACUGCAGAUGAGAACUGAACUAUGAUUUAACAGCCUUGCCUGAGUUUUGGAUGCAUGUAACAAUCCUUUCAAUCACUGUUACUCCCUAAUAGAGCUAUUCUUUUCUGUUAUCUUGUCACAGAGUGGUUUGCAAAGGUGGGUGGGGGAUAGAGAGCCCUUCUCCAGGGCUUUGGUCCCGGUGGCAGUGGGCAUUUUGCCAUUUCAGUGACAGCAGGACAGGCCCUCAGUGCUGAAGUGUCAAUUUUCCAGAGCUUUGUAUAAAGUAGGUCUAGCUAGCAGGCUGACCCACCUUUUACGUGAAACUGCUGUUCUUAUGGAAACUGAUUGUAUGCAGUUUUCUGCAUAUUUUGUGCAAGUCUGGAAAUUUACUCAAAAAAUUACCUUUUUAUGUAAGUAGAUAGGAUUAUCAUUUAUUUUCUAUAUUUUUGAUUUGGUGUGUUAUAAGCUGCAGGACAUUGGCUUAUUAUGACACACUUGCAUUCACCUUUUGACCUGAAAAAGGGACAGAAGUAGAACCCAGUCAAUUCUUUCAUAUAUAUGCGUGGAUAUUUAAUAUGAUACUUUAUGGUUUGAUAAACUUCUUGCAUAUCUAACUAGUGCCUGAAUACUCUGCUAUGCUAACUAAAGACCCAGCUCCCAAAAUAGUGCCAGUUAUUUUAAACAGCCUGGAUGCAGGUGUAUCAUCCAUCUCUCUUUUCUGUCGCCUCACCCCACGAUGUUACAUCUUGUGUUAAGGAAAGGGAUGUUACUUUUCCUCAUGCUGUUUGUCUGUCUCUACUCAGCUAUUCAGCAUUUUUGGCUUUACCAUAUUGAUUAGGAUAAAAAGCUGGUUUUGAAUGUCCUAA